GUCUGUCUCUCUCAAUGUUAGUUCUACCUGAUGACGAUUGCUUGUGUUACAAUCGAAACGUCGUACUCUAUUAUGUAAUUUAUUUUCUACGUAAAUUUACUGAAGGAACCAAAGAGGGAGGAAGUGACGCUCUUAACCCGGACGCGACGCGACGCUUCCGGCCGCGCCCGAAGCAGAAGGAGAGAGGAGCGGAGAAAGGAGGCGGCGGAGGCGACAGUGGGAUGGCGGGCAUGGACGCGAGCGUGGACCAGGCUCACUUGCCGAGGGUGGAGGAAGUAAAGAAAGAAUUCUCUGUGCUGGAGGAUGGAGUGCUUGCUCACCAUCUACAAAAGCAGGAGAUUGAGGAUCACUACGCCUCCAAUGUGGUGAAGAGCCGCCUCGCGGCGGGCGACGUGCGUUUGGCGCGACAGCUGCAGGAAGCGGAAGCGCAGCGGCAACGUCUAAAUCGGCUGACGAUUGAGGAGCGAGAUGCUCACGUUGCCAUGGAGCUGCAGCAGCAGGAAGAGCGGGCGCGCGAGGAGGAGCGUCGGGAGCGAGAGCGGCAGGAUGCGAGGGUCGCGCGCAGGCUGCAGGAGGGGGAGCGUAGAGGUCGCCACGUAGACUCGGCCGCGCAUCCAUCCCCAGUACGGGACCAAGUGGGCUUUGUGGAAGAGGGGAUGACUGAGGAGAUUGAGCUUGAUGAUGCGGAGCUGGCAAGAAGACUGCAGCAGCAGGAGGAGCAGAGAGCAUGGAAGGCUCACCGGGCAGCCGAUGCGGGGCUCAGGGCUGCAGUAUUGGCUCAGGAUGAGGAAAUCGCCAAGUUUAUCCAAGAGAAAGAACUAAAGAGUCUCAAACAAAAAGAGAAGACAUCGGUGAGGGCGAGAGAGAAAGGAGAGAUGGAGAAAGAGAGACGCAGAGACCCAAGAAAGGAGAGCGAGUGGGUGCGGGAGAGGGAAGCGGGGAGGGAGAGACAAGAGUGGGAAAGAGAGAGGGAGGUGCGAGCAAGGGAGAGACAUGGUGACCCGUGUAAAGAGAUCGAAUGGCAAAGGGAGAGAGAGGCGAGGAAGGAGAUUGACACUGGUGAGAGGAGAGAGCAGGAGAGGCUGAGAGACAGACACAGGGAUCUGAGUAAGGGGAGUGAUCAUGAGAGACAUGUGGAGGCACGGGGGUAUAGGGAGGGGGGGAGGGAGAUGCACGGGGAGAGAACCCCGGGAAGGGAGAGGAGAGAGCCUGUGUCUGUGAGGACUGCUGAUGAGAGAAGCAAUGGCGAUUCCCAGAGAAGACCGCCAAGGCCACCUCCGCCGAAGAACAUUGCGGAGGAGCUGGACCCGACGUUUGAUAAGCGACCAAUGAAGAGGCCGCCCCGCCCUGCCGCGCCUCCCUCGCACGGUCAGUCACUCUUCAAAUGAGACAAUCGCAGUCUCUUGAGUCAUCACCUGGUUAAACAAAUUUGAAAUACUUGGCUGUGUCCCUUGUAGACCGAACACAAGGCCAUCCUAUUGGCAGCCCACCCGCACACACAGCCAGCGAUGAACAUCACGUCAACCGGAGCUGGUCGAGAGAUGACAUUCAUGGGAGCCAGCCGGUGGAACCAGAAGGGGCAGCUGCCUGGGAUACAAGAGAUCAAGGGCAGAGGUGGGAGAGGGCAGGAAGAGUGCUAACAGGAGAGGGUGAAGACCAAAGUCGAAGCAAGAAAGAAAACUGCAAGCAGCAGUGAGAGGCCUCCGAGUUUCCCACGCUCAGCAAAGUAAACACCAUAGUGCUCAGCUUUACCAGCAGUAUUACUCGUGCGCAUAGUGUGCGAGUGUGAUAAACACCGUCUUGUUUAUAUUUCUAGUGAAUGUUCUGUGCAGCAAGUGCAUGGAACCAUCGCGAGCUGUGCCACAAUUGGUCGCACCGUCCCUCGUGCUGGCGCUUGAUCGUCACGGCAGUGUUACGUGUUCUGUGUUUAGUGGACCACACCUUUGCCAGUGUGUAAGUGUGGCGUGCGCGCAUUUGACCAGCAUUCUCAUUGUGUGGACACCCGCACAGGAUGGCCAGUGUCUUAUCUGUGAUGUCAGUUUUUCUUGUCUUAUUUUUUACGCUUCAAUAGGAUAUUGUACCGAUUGUAAAAUAACGAUGCCUUUUAUUUUUAGACAACAACAGCCAAAAUAUCAUGCGCUUUUUUCCA